AUGGAUACCUACCAUACCAGUGAUAAUUCUAAAAGUGAGCUACCUAACAAUACGGGUACCACUAAGAGGCGCCGACGUACAAGAGAGAGCAAAUGGGAUAUUCCAGAUGAAGCUCCAGAGACUGUGGGCGAUUUGGCUGAUAAGUCGGCGAAUGAUGGCCAGAAGAAGCGGCAGAGACGUCUUUACGUCGGAAACUUACCUCCCGAUAAUGCCUUAGACACGAACGGCGUGUCGCCGCCUAUAUCUAAAACUGAAAUUUUUAACGUUGACCAGGGAUAUUGUUUCCUAGAGUUCUCCACUGCCGAACUGGCUGACAUGUGCUUCAAAUUGGAUGGAAUCAAUUACAAAGGACAAACGCUAAAGAUAAGGCGCCCUAUUGAGUAUGGCACAACCUCAAGUUCUGACGACACCAAGGUGUUCGUGCAGAACAUCCCACCAACAAUGAGCGACGCAGAUAUAAAGGCACUGUUAGAGAAACAUGGAAAACUCACAUCAGCUAAUCUGGUCAAAGAUUUGAAGACUGGUCAAAACAAGGGAUACGGGUUCUUUGAGUUCGACGACUCGAGAGCGGCCAAGAUGGCAGUAUGCCAUUUGAAUGGCCAUGUCGUGGACAAACACGUGUUGAGCGUAAAGCAUGCGGCCUUCAGCUAUUUCGCGUCGGGCGGUAAAUUGACAGACAGCAAGGCUACGAAUCUGCCAAACUCCGUCACGCAGACAAUUCUCAGUAAUCCGCUCUUGGGUUUGCAGAUGCAGUCGGGAAGACGCACUGGUGCACAACCGUCUAGAGUAGUGCAGCUACUUAAUAUUGUGUUUCACGAGGACCUGAUACACGACAGAAAGUAUCACGAGUUGAAAAACGCCAUAAUAGAAGAGGCAAAAAAGUAUGGGCAUUUGGAGGACGUUGUAAUACCGCGACCAAAUGACGAUCUAUCAUAUCGUGAAGGUGUUGGCAAAGUGUUCCUCAAAUUUGGGGAUGAUGUGUCAGGCCGAAGGGCGCAGUAUAUGUUAAACGGUCGCGUUUUCGACCGCAAACGUGUUGUGUGUGCGGCAUUUUUUCCACUGGAGCGUUUCACACGGGGCAAAUACACUCUGGUUUAG